CUCAUCCGGUAACCCUUUCGCUUCGUCCGUCGAGGUCUCCCGAGUCUCUCUCCCAUGGAGGCCUCUCUCUGUUGCUCCUCCACCUCCACGCCGCCGCCUCUUCGCACUCAAGCACAAUCCCUUGCCCUCAAACCUCUGUCCAACCCCUAUUCCCUCUCCUUCCGGCCCGCACGUCGAAACCCCUCCUCGUCCACCACCAUCCGCGCCGCCAUCAGCCGCGCUAAGAAGGAACAGACAGUGGAGAUCGUGAAGAAGGAACUCGAAGGCUGCCACCUCAUCGCCGGCAUCCGCUACAAGGGCCUCACCGUCAAGGAGCUGCAGGACCUCCGUGCCGCUCUUCCCCCCACCUCCCGCCUCCUCGUCGCCAAGAACACCCUCGUCAGCAAGGCCGUCGAGGGCACUCCCUGGGCCUCCAUUGCUCCCUGCCUCCAGGGCAUGAACGCGUGGCUCUUCGUCCACUCGGAAGAGAUACCCGUAGCCCUCAAACCCUACCGCACCUUCCAGCGCGAGCGCAAGCUCGAGGAGAACGACUUCACCGGCGCCGUCUUUGAGGGCAAGUUCUAUGCGCCUGACGAGUUCAAGUCCCUCGAGACUAUGCCUAGUCGUGCGGAGAUCUACGGCAAGAUCCUGGGCGCAAUCAAGAGCCCUUCGAUCUCGCUUGUCAGCACGCUUCAGGCCCCCGCCAGAGAUGUCAUCCUCGUCCUCAAGGCCUAUGUCAGGAAGCUCGAAGAGCAGGGUUCUGCUGCGUAAUUCCUAUCCUUCUGUUUGUUACAUGUUCAAUUUGCCAUUUUGGAUUUGGAUGAUUAGAUUAUUUAUUGAGUAACUUCAAAAUGUAUGAUGCUGUAUACGCCUUCGACCUCAAAUUUAUUUUUCCAUAGGUUGUAUCUGCCA